ACCAUGAGUGCGUGCAGCAGAAAGGCCUUGACCCUCCUCAGCAGUGUGUUUGCUCUGAGCGCUCUGGGGCUGCUGGGAGUGGCCGUCAGCACAGACUACUGGCUCUACCUGGAGGAGGGCGUCAUCAUACCGCUCAACCAGACCACGGACAUCAAGAGCUCCCUGCACUCAGGCCUGUGGAGGGUCUGCUUUCUCGUCGGUGAAGAGACCGGUCGCUGCUUCACCAUUGAGUACAUUAUGCCCAUGAAUGCGCAGAUGACAUCGGAGUCCACUGUAAAUGUGUUAAAGAUGAUCCGCUCUGCCACACCCUUUCCUCUUGUCAGUCUGUUCUUCAUGUUUAUCGGUUUCGUCCUGAACAAUAUUGGACAUGUUCGCCCACACCGCACCAUCCUGGCCUUCGUCUCGGGCAUCUUCUUCAUCCUCUCAGGCUUGGCUCUAGUGGUUGGCCUGGUGCUGUACAUUUCCAGUAUCAAUGAUGAAGUUUUGAAUCGGCCCAAGAGCAGUGAGGCCUACUUUUCCUAUAAGUAUGGAUGGUCUUUUGCUUUUGCCGCCAUCUCUUUCCUGCUCACAGAGAGUGCUGGUGUCAUGUCAGUGUAUCUGUUCAUGAAGCGAUACUCAGCAGAGGAGAUGUACCAGCCGCGUCACGCCGCCUUCUACCGUCCGCGCCUCAGUAACUGCUCAGACCACUCAGGACAGUUCCUGCACCCAGAGGCCUGGUCUCGAGGUCGAAGCCCCUCAGACAUUUCCAGUGACGCGUCCCUCCAGAUGAGCACCAGUUACCCCGCACUGCUCAAAUGCCCCGAAUAUGACCAAGUGUCCUCCUCUCCAUGCUGA